CCAACCACAGCUGAUCAAACAACGCAGGCACCAACCACCUCUGCUCCAACCACUGGUGCUCCAACCACGUUGGCAGCAACAACAGCUGAUGCAACCACCCAGGUUCCAACCACAGAUGAUCCAACCACGGAGGCACCAACCACAUCUGCUCCAACCACGCAGGCACCAACCACAUCUGCUCCAACCACAGCUGCUCCAACCACAGCUGCUCCAACCACGAAGGUUCCAACAACAGUUGAAUCAACGACCCAGGCACCAACCACAGCUGCUCCAUCAACUGGUGCUCCAACCACGCUGGCACCAACCACAGGUGAUGCAACGACGCAGGCACCAACAACGGCUGAUCAAACCACGCAGGUACCAACUACAGCUGCUCYAACCACUGCUGCUCUAACCACAUCUGAUGCAACGACCCAGGCACCAACCAMAGAUGCUCCAACCACGCAGGAUCCAACCACAGCUGAUCCAACCACAUCUGCUCCAACCACCUCUGCUCCAAUCACGUUGGCACCAACAACAGCKGAUGCAACCACCCAGGUUCCAACCACAGCUGAUCCAACCACGCAGGCCCCAACCACAUCCGCUGCCACCACGCAGGCACCAACCACAUCUGCCCCAACCACAGCUGAUCCAACCACAGCUGCUCCAACCACGCAGGCACCAACCACAGCCGAUGCAACCACCCAGGUUCCAACCACAGCUGCUCCAUCUACUGGUGCUCCAAGCACGCUGGCACCAACCACAGCUGAUGCAACCACUCAGGUUCCAACCACAGCUGCUCCAUCCACUGUUGCUCCAACCACAGCUGAUGCAACCACAGCUGCUCCAACGACAUCUGCUCCUACCACGCAGGUACCAGCCACAGCUGAUCCAACCACAGCUGCUCCAACCACGCAGGCACCAACCACACCUGCUUUAACCACGCAGGUACCAACCACAACUGAUUCGAGCACAGCUGCCCUAACCACGCUGGCACCAACCACAGCUGCUCCAACCACGCGGAUUCCAACCACAGCUGCUCCAACUACGCAGGAAACAAUCACGUUGCGCCCUUCAACCACAGCACCGUCAGAAGAUCCUCUCAUGUAUCCCUAUGGUCUGGAGGCAUCAGAUACAAAGUAUAACUGGAAACAAUGGUACUGGAGGUGCCCUCGAGUUGAUUUUGAUUUUGGUGGACUUCCUUUUUUUGGAAGAAAACAUUAUCAUAUUCACGUCUGCCCAAAUGGUUUGAUGUCUUUCGAUUCGUCCUGGUACCGAAGGUGGCCGUACAAUUUUGGUCAGUACUACUGGUUCGAUAGGUACGCUAUGCUUGCACCUUACUGGGGUUUAACCGAUGUUUAUGACUCCUUUGCUAACGACAUAUCUCAGAUGUACUACCACGUAUACCGAGAAUAUGACGGAAAUCCAUCAACAGAGAGUAUUUUGAAGAGGGCUGCAGUUGAUGUGAACAAGCACACCAGGAACAAUCCCUUGCCAACAGAGUUUACUAAGGCUACUUAUGUAUUGGUGGUCACGUGGGUUAGUUUACGUCACUGGUAUUCAGGAAGGAGAAAGGUUAUGCAAAACAAGUUCAACACAUUCCAAGCAGUCCUCAUAACAGAUGGUGUGUUCUCGUUCGUUCUGUACAACUAUCCUCAAAACGGUAUCCAGUGGUCUGCUCCUGAUGAAACUCGAUAUUAUUAUCGAUACUGGUAUGACCGAGCGCUUCCAGUGGUUGGGAUCAACGCGGGAGACAUCAAUAGAAACUAUUACAAUCAUCCACGCUCUGGCAGAGUCCCCAUCGUAGACAUUGAUCAAAUAGAAGGGUUAAAUGCCAUUAAAUCUUUUGGCGACUUGAACUUUCGACAAACCUUGAAUGGCAUUCGUGGCAGACUGUUUAUCCGCCUGGAAGACUCACCUGGAAGGUUAGAUGCCAUGAUUGAAUGUGCCAAGUGGUACGUAAAAGAUAAUUGGGAGUUGAGWUCUCGAGGUUUGCAGSYYUAUCUCAACACGCUGGAAGCCUGUCCUUGUACGUAUUGGCAGGCUUGGAGAGACAGGAGAUUUAGGUAUGAGUCAGGACGAUGGCCAGUCUACUGCUUUGUCUCAAGGUUCCCUUCUGUGUUCGGAUGGGGACAGAAGUGCUGUUACGAGUUCAUUAGAACAACAGGAUGGUGGUGGGGAUGGUGGUGGUGGUUUCCUCUGUUAACAAGUGGAUUUCCUAAUGGCGGCAAUGCUCAAAGGCACCACCAACAUUGGGAUCGAUACAACUGGGUACAGAACGACUACAAAGCGUACCAACAAUGUUGUGUCUAUAGCAACCUGUGUUGGAUGUAUCAAGAACGACGUCCAUCUGACACAUGUGCACGAUACGUCCCUCCGAGAAUGACGUGGUUUUGGGGCGAUCCUCACUUCGUCACACUGGACAGCAAGAACUACACGUUCAACGGUCUUGGAGAGUACGUCAUGCUGGAUGCAAAAGAUGGUUACUUUCAGAUACAAGCCCGAACGAGACUUGCUAAAGGAAAGGGUACUGCUACCGUGUUUAGUGGAGCUGUAGCCAAAGAGAACAAUUCCACAACUGUUCAAGUUACCUUGCCGUAUGAUAAUGAAACAAUGGAAGUUCUCGUAGAUGGAAAACCUUUUGAUUUCAAAAGCCUGACCAACGAAUCUAUUGAUCUCAAUAACGGUUCUGUUACGGUCUCCAAGCCUGAGAAACAAUGCUUCGAGAUGACUUUCCCUUCAGGAAUGUCGGUAACAAUAUGCGAAAAACAGAACAUACUUUCCAUCGUCACUGCUGCUCCAGAGUCAUUCAAGAACAAGACAAAAGGUCUUCUUGGAACAUGGAAUGGAAAUCCCGAGGAUGAUUUUACUCUACCUAAUGGAACUGUACUGCCACACGAUAUGAAUGGCAGUGAUAUUCACUAUAAGUUUGGAUUGCCAUGGCAAGUCAACUCCACUACCUCAUUAUUUACCUACAAGCCAGGCGAAAACUUCUCCACAUUCGUCAACUCAUCGUUCAAACCGAUGUUCAUUGAAGACAUCAAYUGGGCGAACGAUUCUCUCAGACUGCAGGCAGAAGCGGCUUGCAACGGUGAUAUUAGCUGUCUGUUUGAUAUAGCUUCAACGGGAGACUUGUCUGUUGGUUUAAGUACACGACAGAUAGGAUCACAGUUUGUGAAUGACUCUAAUAGACUGAGUAAUGAAGCACCCAAAUUCUCAAACAGUUCUUCAGAGAUCUACUUAAAUAUCAAUAAAACAGUUACCGUUUUGAUCAAUGCCACUGAUGAUGAUGGUGAUGAUAUUACAUUCAAUGUGAGCGGUCUUCCUGAUGGCACUAACCAGAAAAUCUAUCCAACGUCUGUGUCGCUGAAAUGGAAAGUGACCAUGGAAAAGACAUCAACGAGUGUGACCCUGUUAGUGACUGUAUGCAGAACUGCACGAACUAUGUCGGUAGCUAUUCCUGUUCCUGUAACAAGUAUUUCAAGGUUAAACCUGACAAUUCAAAGCAAUGCAUACCUGAAACUCCAUGUAAAAAUAACCGUCUGGGCUGCACACACGUGUGUUAUGUUGCAGAUGAAGUUGACACUUGUGCGUGUAACCAAGGUUACGAACUAGCCAACGACAAAAGGACGUGCGAAGAUAUUGACGAGUGCGCCAGGAAUAUCUACCGAUGUCAACAGAAGUGUCACAACACUAAAGGAGGCUACUACUGCUCCUGUGUCGAUGGAUUUGAACUCGCGUCCGAUAAUGUGACGUGUAAUGAUAUCGAUGAAUGCAUGCGUUGGGAGUUCAACUGCACCGACCCGUCCCAGUUAUGUGUGAAUACAGCGGGCUCGUACAAAUGCGAUUGUGAAGCAGGACUUUACUGGAUUGACAAUAAGUGUAGAGCUCUCAAAAAAGACGAGCCAACACCAACUCCGCCUCCUGCACCAACGCCAAAAACACCAACUGUCAACGAAUUAGAGAACGCAGUUAUCAUAAAGCUGGAAAACCUUACUUUUUUACAGUGGAAUAAAGAAAACGAAGACAGGUUCAAAGAAGCAGUAGCAAAAGCUGUUACUAAAUACUGCGCAAACGCAAGCCAUGACUGCGGCGCCAGGGAUCCCAACCGCGUCACUAUGUAUACCGCUGACCAAGUCCAUCUAGUCCCAGACUUCUUMAARGAGAACCCAARUCAUUUAGCUUUCUACGUCAACCAGCCUCCUGGUGUUGGUCAGCCAGGCAAGACAACGAUAGAGAAAGAUACUUUGAUCAAGAUUAUUGAAUCCCAUCAAGACGAUAUUGGGAAAUCCCUCAAUACGAGAGUUACUGAUGUACGACCUUAUAAGGAGCCAGCUCCAGGACCAAUAGAGACGGAUUAUCUACCGAUUAUCAUUGGGUCUGCUGUCGGGUUGGUCGUACUUCUGUUACUUAUACUCUUCGCUGUGUGGUGGCUUUAUCGAAGAAGGUCCAAAGUGGUCGCGACAGAAAAAGGUGACCAGCUGACUGAGAAGGAAAUAGAACGGAUAAAACAUUUUCCUUUUGAGGAACUAGAAAUGCAAACUGAGAUUCCCAGGGCAAAUGCUGAAAACCGUUUAUCAUCCACGUAAAAUGACUCGCACAAUUUUUUCGAUGCAUCGAUGGGAUGUAUCCGGUUAGUUAAACUGGUUUUAACUAGAGUGAAGGUAUUUAACCCGUGAAAUAAAAAAUACUAGUCAAUGUGUAAUUGUCAAAUAGACACAAAAGAAAACAGUGGAAUUAGGGUCUACUAAUGUGUAUUAGUCUAAUAUCUAUUUCACGGGUUUAGUGACUUCACUCUAAGAAAUUCAAGGAUAAAAACUAUACGUAAGAACAUUUUAAUAAAAGGCGUUUCGACGUUUACGUAACGUAAUUAUAAAGUCAAUAAGAAUAAGAAAAUACAAACUAUAUAUAAAUCACGACUAACAAUGAAAGCUUAUUACAAAAGAAGAUAUAUGUACAAGAAUAAAAGAUAAUAACAAUGAUAUAAAUACAUGAAUAAAAGGGGGGGAAAAAGAGUAAAAUAUGUCAUUAAACAAAAAGUUUUGCAUUAAACGAGAAAUAGUAAAAUAUGUUAAUAUUUAAGUUUCUUAAUAAAAAGCAAUUAAGAUGCUUUUAAACAUUUUUUUWAAAUAUAGUUUUUUAUCGUUGAAUUUCUUAGUUAAAUGUUUAAGUAAGUCGCUACUUAUACAUUAAACUGAUUAGUAUACCUGUAGUAGAUUCAAUCUCGUAUCAAGCACCAGCCUGCUGACCAAAAAGCAAGAGGACUCUGGACUCGAGAUUGAGGUAGUUCGAGAAAGAAUGGUAAGAGGUUAAACCUCGUACUCAGGCUUUUCCCUCUGCAGGCAAAGGAAAAUAACCUGGUUACGAGCUUGUUACCAAAUCACUAAACAAUAUUCUUUGAGUAGACUUUUUAAAGUUUGAUAAAAAAGUUGCAUUCUGGUCUAGCUUGGGUACUAGCAAUGCCAUAUAAGGCACGUGAACAGAAUGUUUGUACCCAAGGUAGACCACAAUACACCAUGCAUCUUCGCUACCUGAGAAGAGCCCGAAGUGCAAUCCCAGUAAAAUCCUAAAAAAAAUAGCCUUUUUUAAUUUGUUUUCUCACAUAGCAGGUUAAUUUACUAUACCGUUUGUCCCCUAGGGGGAAGAAUAGGAAACGUGCGUAGUGACCUAAUCAUACACAUUUUUUUUACCUCGCACUUACGAUAUUGCAGGACAAAUUUCAAGGAAAAUAUAGCCUUACAUAGCACUAGCAAAAUAAGAGUUCACAAACUCACACUUAUGCAUUACUGCACUGUCUUAAAUAUUCGAUUUUCUGGUUGAGUGAUCACCAGCACGAAACAACCAGAAUUUUAAAAUUUGGAGGAAGUCCCUAACUUUAUUAUAUACUAUGGACUUCUGAAUACUCCCAUUUCGAGUUCGCCUUUUCUCAGUCUUAGCCUCGAUUGUGUACAAAUGCGUUCUUUUCUUCUAUAUUAAAGUCCAUUGUAUGGUAAGGAAUGUACGUACUACGGAACAAUACGAGCAGCCAGUUCUCAAAUGGUAAGUGUUCCUAUUAGUUUUUAGAACUUGGUCAACCAGUUCUAUUGAACUGACGUGUACCAUUUGAGAAUUAGCCGCUCGGAUUGGUCAGUUUGACUUAAUGGAAAGCGCCCUAGGGCUGAGCAAAAGAACUCGAAACUGGAGUAUUUGGCUAUAGACCCCUUGCACUGAGUCCCGAGAGGAAUUGUUCUUAGGGACAAGCGAUUGAUUUUUUUUUGCAUAAGAAAAGAAGGCCUAUUGUUUUGUUCCCCAGAACAAUUCCUCUUGGGACUCAGUGCAAGGGGUCUAUUAUCAACUAACUUGACGUUAUGUGACGUCACCACUAUUUCUAUUGCUAUCACAAGUAACUAAUCUGUAACUCGACGUUAUGUGACGUCACCACUACUUAUAUCGCAAGUAAUUGAUCAAUUUCUGAGCAAAACUUAUUUAUAAAUAUUUUAACUUAAUAUACACAGUUUAAUAAUAAAAUAUUGCAACUACAAUAAUUGAAUAAAGAAUAAAGAGAAAUAAAAAAUA